AUGGCGAGCCCGACUGAAAGCACGCUGCCCACGCGCAGCACGACCACCACUACGAUGGGCGAGGAGGGCGUGAUCGGCGAUGAAGACACCAACGAGGUGACGAAGCUCUUCCAGGAGCGCCUCCAGGCAUGGAAGCACGCGUGCGGUUACCUCGAGGAGUACAUCACCGCGACCGAGAAGCUGCAGCUCAACCAGGCGAAGGAGUAUGAGAAGGUUCUGAAGACCGUCUCGAACCCCUUGAGGGAAGCGCACCACUUCGACCAGAACCUGGGCGGAAUGGCCGGCAUGUUCGACAACAUCCGCUCGAACACCCAGGGAAUCUCCAAUGCACACAACGAAACGGCCAAGGCGCUGAAGGGCCAGGUGCUGCCGUCGUUCGAGCGCCUGCACGCCGAGAUCAAGAACAAGAACAAGGAGCUCACCAAGGGCGCGGGCAAGCAGGGGAAGGUCGUGGACAAGGCGCGCGCCGUGACGCAGAAGCACAUUGAAUUGCUGGGGCAGCAUGCGGCGGCGUUCGACUCCCAGGGCGGGCGCAUGACGGCGUCGGAGGACCCGUACGUGCUGCAGCGCCAGGUGAUGCACCGACUGAACAAGCAGGUCAUCGAGGAGAACAACAACCGCCAGGACCUGCUGGCGGUCCAGGGCAACUUCUCGCAGUUCGAGGGCCAUGUCAUCCAGACGAUGCAGCAGGGAUUGGAGGCCAUGGCGAAGAUCUUGACCGGCCAGCAGGAUCAGACCAAGGCCAUGUACAACGACAUCGUGGGCACCGCGCAGUGCAUACCCCUUGACUACGAGUGGCAGGGCUUCAUCCAGCGCAACACUCACAUCCUGAUCGACCCCAAUGCCCCGCCGCGUGCCGUGUCCAACAUCUCCUUCCCCAACCAGGGCCACCGCGCGACGCAACCGCUGAUCGCAGGCUCGCUGGAGCGUCGCGGCAAGAUGUUGCGCAGCUACAACACGAACUAUUACGUCGUCUCGCCGGCCAAAUUCCUGCACGAGUUCAAGACGGACGACGACUUCGCCAAGGACCCGGAGCCCGAAAUCUCGCUGUACCUGCCCGACUGCGUCAUCGGCGCCAUUGACGGCAACAAGUUCAACGUCAAGGGCAAGGACGUGUCCAAGGGCAAGGUCGGCAACGCCUUCUCCAUGACGCACGAGUUCGCCUUCAAGGCGCACACGCCGUCGGACGCCGAGAAGUGGUACGAGACGCUCCGCUCGUGCAUCGGGACGGCCACCAACGACUCGCCCAUCAGCCCUGCAGGCAGCAGGGCCGCCAGCACCACGCUGAGUGCCACCCCUACCACGCCGUCGGAUGAAAAGACGCCCUCGCCGCUCCAGACGCAGGGCAUCACCGGCGGUGAGACAACAGAGAGCCCGGCCGUGGCCAGUGCCCCGACCAGCGAGCCUGCCAGCGCGGUCGAGAAGAAGGCUUGA